UAAGCAGUGACCACCGUGUCUGCUCCUUCUUUAUUCUCUAUGCAACAUCUGAACAAAGGCCUGCCCCCUUUUCAUGAGGAGACAUCCUCCGCCAUCGUUACUUUACGUGUAAUCACGAUUACUAAACCGGAUUACGGUACUUUUAAUAUAUUUUUCAGGACGUCAGUAAACAGUAGAAAUAACGUCCGAAAAUGGAUGUCGAUGCGCCGGACAACUACGGUGAGAGCAAGUCGGCAAUGCACACUUGGCGUUAUCGCCACCAUUUCACGUACAAGGCAGAUCAAGGGAAAAAUAUCAUCGUCCAGUGUAAUCUAUGUCUGCCGAGGGUAAAUCUGCUGUCCACGUCGAAAACAUCCACAUCAAACCUAAAGAAGCAUUUAGACAGAACACACUUGGGCUGUGAGGCCAGGCCGGAUGCCAAGAGAGGGAGGAGGAAAGAGGAGCAGAAUGGAGACGAGAGCAGACACCUGCAGCUCAAAAAACUCAAAGCCGAGAUCAUGGCCAAGUGCAUGACCCAGGCGAAGACUGACGACCUCGUUUUCAACUUCAUCGUGGAGGAUUGUCAGUCGUUCUACGUGCUCGAGCAGCCGGGCUUCAGGAAGCUGAUCGAGGGUCUGACCGAGGGGCUGAAGUCCAUGGACAGGGUGACCCUGUUCACGAAGGUGGACCAGGGCUUCUCCAGGAUGCGGGAGGAGCUGAUGUCCAAGCUGAGCGGCGUCCAGUACGUGUGCACCACGGCCGACGUCUGGACGGCCAACAGCAGGAGCUUCUUCGGGAUGACCUGCCACUGGAUCGACGCCGCGUCCCUGGAGAGGAAGUCCGCCGCUCUGGGGUUCGCGCGGCUGCAGGGGAGGAUUACCUACGACAACAUCGCCGGGCGGAUACACGACAUCCACGUCGCGUACAACAUCGAAAGCAAAGUCCAGACCACGGUCACCGACAACGGCAGCCCCUUCACGAGCGUGUUCAAAGAGUUCGCGUUGGACGUCCAGGACAACGACGACGACGACAUCGGCUUCUACGAGAACGUGGGCGCUAUCCUGGAGGGCGAGCCGGAGCAGGACAUGCUGCUGUUCCUGCCCACGGUGCAGCGCUGCGCGUCGCACACCCUGGAGCUGAUCGUGACGGAGGACUUCUGGCAGGCGGUGUCGCAGGGGCCCAUGUGUCAGCUCCACUACAGCACGAUGGCCAAGGUGUACUCCAUAUGGAGCAAGUGUCACCACCUCCAGGUGGGGAUGGACGCCGCCGAGGAGAUCGGGAAAAUGGCCCUCGUCGUCCCCGCCGUCGUCCGCUGGAACGUGGAGUACUGCGCCGUGCAGAAGGUCGUCUCCCUGAGCGAGCGCGAGCUGACGGAGCUGUGCGCCCGCCUGGAGGUGUCCCGCAUGCAGCCGGAGGAGACGGCGUUCCUCAAGGAGUACGUGGCCGUGUUCCACCCGCUCGCUUUCGCACUCGAGCUCUUCCAAGCGGAGCAGAAGUGCUACCUGGGUUUGGUCAUCCCCACCAUACUCAGCCUGAAGAACAAGCUGAACGAGCAGAAAGACGCCGCCAACUACUUCGCCGACGUCAUCAACGCCGUCGUCGUGGCCAUCGACGUGCGGUUCCAGGAGCUGUUCACCAGCACGGAGGCGAAGAUAGCGACGGCGACGACGCCUCAGUUCCGCCUGUGGUGGAUGGCGGCGUCGGAGCGGGAGGAGAUGUGCUCCCUGCUGGCGACGGAGGCCUCUCAGAUGGAUCCCUGCAUCAUCACCGUGGCGACGGCCAGCCGCAACUCGUCGACCAUCGAGUCCGAGGACGAUUUCUUCAGCUACGGGCCCGUGAAGCCCGCCAUUCAGAUCCAGCAGCGGGGGGUGAUGGAGGAGGUUCAGAAGUACAUCGAAGGAAAGGGGAAGAGCCUGGAGUGCCUUCAGGACUUCCCCCGAGUGAAGCAGCUCUUCCUCAAAUACAACACCACGCUCCCCUCCACGGCGCCCGUCCAGCGGCUCUUCAGUCAGAAGGGGAACCUGGUGACCUCGCAGAGAAACUUUCUCACCGACGACUACUUUGAACGCAUUCAGCUGCUGAGAUACAACAGCAACGUGUGCACUCUGAUCACAGAGUGAAUCUCUCUCUGCCUUUUAACGAUGCAGAAUCAAACCGAGUAAUAUAUUAUUUCAGACAAAAAAGCCCACGUGUGUCUUUUCUUUUUUUAUUAUCGCUCCGCCUCCAACCUGUUUGGAUAUCAUGUACUUCUCACUGCUGAAUGGCCUCGUGGAUUAAAAAAAAAAAAAAAAAAAAAGACAAUCAUGGACAAUGGCAUUCAUGAACUGAAGUUAGUGACAAAGCAUCUGUUGUGUCUGUGCUCUUGUUUGUGAUUUGAGGUAGCUACAGGGUCAAACUGAAGUGAUGUGUCUUUGUUUUUUUCUACGGCUGUUUAAUGAGAAUGCAUCUCGUGUCUGUAUGUUUUAUAUCAUAUAUAAAGAGAUAUGGAAAGAGCCUUA